CUGCUCGUCUCUAACGUGGUGGCAGAGCUGCUCAACGGCGUCAUAGUCAAGCUCAUCUCUGAUAUCGUCGUCGAAAUCGUCUCCAAGGUCGUAUCCAAACUAGUCUCCGAGAUCUGUGACGCCGUGGUUGAACUCGCCUCCAAAUCGGUGCUCGUAGUAACGUCCGAAGUCGUGAUCGAGCUUGGCUCUAAGCUCGUCUCUGAGCUCGUCCCUGGGCUCGUCUCUGAGCCAGUGCUUGACGACGCAGAGCUAGUAUCCAAGCUCGUCGUCAAACUUUCGCUCGUAGGCGUAUUGGAUGUCGUUUCCGCCAAAGAAAUGCUGGAUGAAGUUCUGCUCGACGACGACGAGGAGGCACUGGAAGUACCACUCGACGUCGUGUCCGAUAGAGAAGUACUGGAAGAACUACUACUCAACGAAGUACUCGUCAACGUCACGCUUGUCGUAGCAGUGCUCGUCAAAAUAAUCGUCGUUGUGGGAUCAUAA